AUGAGGUCUCCUUCUCUUGCUUCACUGCUCUCAACGCUGUGUAUACUUCUCUCAGGGCUUUGCGCCUCCGCUGCGGACAUUGACAUCGUUCGCGACCGUAGGCUCUCCAUCAUUGUUGGUGGGACCACUGGUGCUACCUCAAUUUCCAACUGGGUCUCAACGCUCGGCGCAGACGGCAAAUGGCCUGACGUCGACUACACCACUGGGUGCGAUGCCCAAACGUCGAGUUGGCCUGCUCAAACCCACUGGAGCCGUAUCAAUACCUUUGCGGCCGGAUGGCACGGUGGAUUCAGGAAUGCCGACCAAUGGGUCAAGAAUACUGACAUUCGCACGGCUAUCUCUCGAGCAAUGAACUUCUGGUUCUCCAACGAUUUCACCAAUCCCGCGUGCCUAGACUUUGGUGGUCAAAGUGCUUGUCCUUGUGGCACUGCUGGCCUUUGGAACACGAACUGGUUCUCCAACGUCAUAUUAAUUCCUGGCUGGGUUGGCCAAGUGUGUAGUCUGCUCGACGACAGUCUUUCAGCGACAGAGUUGCAAGGCUGCAUUCGCAUGACAAACCGCGCCUUCAACACCUUCUCAACUGGGAUCAACGGCGUCAGUUCCAUUACUGGCGCAAAUACGCUAGAUAUUGCUAGCAUCGGGGUUGAUUUGUCCCUCUUCACUGGGAACGCGACACUUCUCUCACAAGCAUUUAACAAAAUCAAUGCCGAGGUAAUGAUCCAGAACGACGUAAAGGCCGACGGUAUCCGCCCCGAUGGUAGUUUUGGGCAGCAUCAAGGGAUCUUGUACAACGGCAACUAUGGAAAGGACUAUGCCAACGAUGUACUCGCCCUUGAGAUUGCCACCGGAGGAACCCAAUUUGAGGCCACUGCAGAUUCUAUGAACGCGUUCUCGACGUUACUCGAUGGAAACCAGUGGAUGAUAUACAAGAAUACCGCUACCAAUGUUUUGCAUUGGGACUUUAGUGUUCUGGGUCGUAUUGUCGCGCUUCCCGUUUCAGAUAAUCAGGCAACGGCAAACCUGAAGACUAAUCUUACACAACUCCAAGUGCUCGGUCAAGUCUGGGAAUCUCAAGCGAUCACCUCUGUGUUUAAUAGGCUGAACUCGGCCAGCUCAACGGCGAACGUUGGUUCAUUGAAUGGAAAUCGGAUGUUUUAUGCCAAUGACUAUAUGGUACACCGCGGUUCUGGUUAUGUGACGACGUUGAAGAUGUACUCGAAGCGAACCCAAAACACAGAGUGCACUAACUCACAGAAUCCAUUCGGCUUCCAUCUCAGCGAUGGAACACUGUACACCUAUUUGCAAGGGAACGAAUACGAAGAUAUCACCGCUGCAUGGGAUUGGAACCUGAUCCCGGGAACUACCGUUGAUUACGGGGCUACACCCUUGACCUGCUCAACAGCCAGGAAGACAGGCACUCAACCCCUUGUAGGUGGAGCGACAGAUGGCACGGUUGGUGUAGCGGCUAUGAGAUACGAAACACCCACCACGAAGACGCUGAAUUGGCGCAAGACGUGGUUCUUCCUCGAAGACGAUGUGCAAUUCGUCAUGGUCGCUAGGAUCGAAUCUACCACCACUGCACCUGUGUUCUCCGUUCUUGAUCAGAAACGCCGCUCUGGAGAUGUGUUGGUGGAUGGAGUCAGUCGCGGUAGCGGAAAUUACACAGGGGUAGGAACCCUCUGGCAUGCUGGCGUCGGAUAUGUAUUCAACACCAGCACGCCGAGCGUCUCCCUUUCCUUGCAGCUCGGGUCGCGUACUGGCGCUUGGUCGAGCAUCAGUGCUUCGAAGGCCCCUCCUGCAACCGUCGAUCUCUUCGCAGCGUGGCUCAACCACGGUGACCUGAGCGUCCCGAUUUCGUACGCCAUCUACCCAUCGACAUCUACUUCUUCCGCCUUCCAGCAGAAGGUAGCGGCUACGCAGCUUCGAUCGGUGAGAAAUGAUGGAUCUAUUUCUGCCCUGCUGGACGUGAACCACCGCACUGCAAUGAUCGUGUACUGGGUAGCUGCCGGGGGCUCUGUUUCGAUUCCAUCUCCCACCGGAAAUGCACCCAUUACAGUGGCUUCCAAUGGGAACGCCAAUCUAAUCCUGCAUAUGGAUACGUGGGCCGUCACACUCUCCGACCCGACCCAGACCUUGUCGACGGUUACAGUCACAUUCACGCUUGGGAGUGGCACGACACCUGCUGGUUGGGGAACUACAAAGACCAAGUCGGUUACCUUCAGCCUACCAAGUGGAGGUCAAGCUGGCAAAAGCGUCACCCAAACACUUCCAAACUAG